UAUCACGGGAAAAAAAAGUCGCAAAAUCAGUUUCAGCUCUCGGACUUCCAGCGUUAGGAGACUUACAGGAGAUUCUCUGGCACUAUUAUAGCCGCAAAGAUUGCAGCCGAUGUCUGCAGGGCGCAUGCGCAGCUGUCCUGGUUCCAGCGAGCGCUUCAGCUCCACACCAGUGAAGACCACGGGGGGAAACACCCGCACACCCGGGGCUCUGGCCCGGGAUCUGGGCCAGGAUCUGGGCCAGGGUGUCCUGUCCGACGACGAGGACACCUUCUCUCUGCUCUCCCCCAUCUACCACGACAGCUUUGACAGCGAUGAGGAGGAGCUGGCAUCCAGCCCAGUCCAGCAGAUGUCGCCGAGCCUCGAGUCGAGAGGCUCUGAGUCCCCUGUUAGAUGUGAGCUGCCUAAAACGCCCUCAGAUCAGAUGUGUGGUGCAGCAGCGCAGCCUGCAGGCUCAGCUUCACUCAGUGCAUGGGAGAUGUGGCUGUUGAACAAAGCUAGAGUGGAUCGCCUUAAACUGGGAAAGAAAGCGGAGGAGGAACGCUUACUCAAAGAACAAAAACAACAGCAGGAAAGGCAGCAGAUGCAGAAAAAGAUUGUCAUGGAAGAAAGGAUCCACGAAUGGAUUAAAAUGAAAAACGAAAAGGAGAGACAUGAGCAACUUGCAAAACAGAGGAAAGAGGAAGAGGAGUUGCAGAGGGGGCGAGAUAAGAAGAGGGAGAUUGAACAGAAAGCUCAGCAAAAGUAUAAGGACUGGCUGCAGAAGAAGAACCAAGAAAAAAUUGAAAGAGAAAAGAAAGAACAAGAGAAAACUGCUCUGAGGGAAGAACAGGAGAGGGAGCGUCGCAGGAGGGCACAAAAGAAGUUUAAGGAGUGGCUGGCGAAUGCCAAUGACAAAAGCAGACCAAGUCCCAAAUCACCUUUCUAUCCAACAAGUCCCUACGACAAAUCAUACCCAGCACCCAGCUUCUACAAUCCCAUUCCCUGGAAGCCGAUUCAUGUGCCUCCUCCAGAAUCGUUACAGAACAAGAUGUCUUGCGAGAAGCCUCAGAAACAGAGGAAAAGCCAGCAGAGCACCUGUAGUGCUUUCAGACUGAGAAACACUGGACAUGCGGCACAUUUGCUGCAGAGGAGAUGACACAUUGAGCUGCAGUUGACGUAGCUGCGAUACUGUGAUACUGAAAGUUAGAUGCAGCUCCAACCGCCACAGUGAUGCCACCAUGACCCGUCGGCACCAGCACACCUGCUGGAAGGAGAUUCGGCUGAGUCGCUGAAGGAUUUGGGUGCUUUAAAAUUGAGUUGCAAAUGUUAAUGAUUUUACAUACAGAGAUCUUUAUAUAUUCAUUAGAUACAUGAACCUGUUUUCAUAUAGUAUAAAUUCUGUGUUGAUAUCUAAAAUCCAGGAGAACAUUUUCAUAUUACUCUGUAUA